AUUCCAAUACAGAGCAAAAAGUAACUGACGUUCGAAUAUCUAACCGUUGAUGUUUAAACUGUUAACUAAUCAAAAGAAAUCAAUAGACAAGAGCAUCAGCCAAUAUAUUCGGUAUUUUAAAAAAUGUCGUCUUUGUAUAUUUUUCUUUUAACUAUGGUAAUUUCGAUCCGAUGCCAAACGACAAGCAUAGAACCUUCUCCUUCAACAGAAUCGUCUGUAACAGAUUCUUCAAUACUUUCUGACACACCGCAAAUUUCUGUUGAUCCGUCAAGUACAACAUCUGCAGACCAAAUUUCAAGUAUUAUGGUGUCAACUUCAUAUGGCUCAAUUUACCAAACUACAGAAAGUUUAGAUGCAACGUUAACACCAUCCACUUCGUUGCUUAAUGCAAGUAUGUUAAGCUCAGAUGCAACUAUGCUAAGCUCGGAUGCAACUAUAUUAAGCUCGAUAAGCACAGUGAAUUUAAAUGCAACGUUAACACUGUCAACUUCAUUGCUUGAUGCAACUAUGUUAAGUUCGAAAAGCACAGAGAAUUCAGAUGCAACGUUAACACCGUCCACUUCAUUGCUUAAUGCAACUAUGUUAAGCUCGGAAAGCGCAGAAAUCGACUCAAAUAGUAUUAUGGCAACAUCAACCGUUUCUGAUACCGCAUCUGUGGAUAUUGAAGCAUUACUAAUGGAAACAACAGUUAACUCAUUAACAUACGAGAAUCUUAUUCAACAACCAGUGAUGAUAAAGACAUCUUUUGCACUAACAAACACGUGGAAUGCAUCAUUAAAUAACACUUCUAGUCAAGAAUACAUUGCAUUAAAAACAAAAGUGAUUAACGGAUUUAACAAUCUUUAUGCAAGUGAUCCAGACUACAUAAAUACAACGCUAACAAAUUUUGCUCCAGGAAGUAUCAUUGUCAAUGUUAUUAUAAACUUCGCUCCACAAACAACUACCGCAUCUGCAGAAACAAAAAAAACCACGUUGAUCCAAGCAUUUAGUCAAAACACUUUUGCAAGUUUUGCAGUAGUUGCUAACUCUAUGAAUAUUACUCUUGUAACAAACGGAGAGUGGUCACCUUGGAACGAUGUUACAGGAAUUUGCGUAAACUCGCUAAAAAGCCAAAUUCGCGUAUGCAUAUCAAUUGGAGGAGGUUCGCCGUGUGUUGGUUCUAACACCCAAACAAUUCCAUGCACAUCUUCAUCGAGUGUAUCAGCGACUUUAACACCAUAUUCUUUGUUGUCUUUUAUAAUUGUAACAACCACUAUUAUUUUGUCAUAAUUUUUAUAUUUUUUUAAAAUUUGUAAUUUAAAUAAUUUAUUUGAUUUAAAUGUGUAAAUAGCUGGAUAAAUGAAUGUAUAAAUAAAAAUAAUAAUAAAAAC